GGGGUGCGAUCCAAAUGUUGAUACACGUCCAUAUUUAUAAACUCAUCUAGUACUAGGUACUCUCCACCAUGAUCUCCGACUACCCGACAGAUCUCCCCCCAAUGAAAUUGCUCCCUUCCGCAUCAAAUGGAUAUCAAGCGAUACUACAGCGCCCUGGAAACCCGCCUGGGCAAUUGGCUGCUCUUCGGCGGUCGUGCCCAUCUGGCCUACUACGACGCCAACACCUGGUGGCCCUUCCCCAUCCACCGCGCCCUCCUGGCCAUGGAAGACCACAUCUUCGACUCCCUCCAGCUCGACCGGCGAGCGCGCGUGCUCGACGCCGGCUGCGGAGACGGCCAAGUGGCCAUCCACAUGGCGGCCAAGGGGCUGCGCGUGCAUGCGAUCGACGUGUUGGCGCAGCAGGUUGACCGGGCGCAACGCAACGUCCGCCGCGCAAUCCGCACGCCGUCGCAGACUCCCAGGCCCAAGGACGACGCGGUGGCGCUGGACAUUGUCGUGCGCCGGGACGACUAUCAUCAUCUGGUGACGGUGCGGCCGGCCUCGCUGGACGGCAUCUAUACCAUCGAGACGCUGGUGCAUGCGUCGGACCUGAUCGCCGUGCUGAAGGAGCUGCGGCGCGUGCUGAAGCCGGGCGGCCGGGUGGCCUUCUACGAGUACGAUCACUGGGCAGCGGCGGCGCAGGAGAAGGCGAAGAGCUCGGUCGAGGCGUCGCAGGCCGACGAGAAGGUGCGCGAAUACGGCGCCAUCGCGCCGGGGUCGGCCGCGCAGCCGGAAAGCCUGGCGCAGAGUCUCGUCCGCGCGGGAUUCUGCGACGUGCAGGAGACGGAUCUGUCGCGCAACGUGCGGCCGUUGCUGCGGGUGUUGAUGGCGGUGCUGUUUAUUCCGUGCAUGUUGGUGUUGGCGUUGAGACUGGAGGCCUACUGCAUCAACACGAUCGCCGUCGUGGUGAACUAUCGGCGCGGAUGGAAGUACGUGGCGGUCACGGGGAGGAAGCCAAAUGAGUCGGAGGAAUCAAAUGUAGCGACAGCCUGA